GUGAGAUAAUUUGUUAACGCGAUAAUUCUCGGGAUUUCAAUACCCUCUUUAUCGCUAGUAGAACGAUAAGGUUGUAUGGUUUCAGCGUUCAGUGAUCAGUUAGACUUGGAACAGUAUUGAAUUUUAUUAGUACUCAUCAAGACCGUUUUCAUUGAAAUAUAUUUCUUCUAUGACAAAAACAGAACUUAUUUUUAUCAUACUGUACGUCGUGACUGGAAAUGUUUCUGAAGAGAAGAUUUAUCAAGCGAAGGCUUUUAUACUUGGUCAUUAUAUCUGUAUUCAUGAUGCUGAUGUUCAUGAACAAUGGUCAUCGUUUUACUUCGGCAAGAAUGGGAAAUCUUCCAAGAUCAGGAAAGCAUUUUUCUUCUGCAAACAUUCAAUCUUUAGUCAUAAAGAAAAACUAUGACGAUCGAUACUUAAUUUUUAAUCGAGUACCAAAAUGUGGCAGUAUGUCGUUGACAAGUGCUAGUUACAGCUUGGGAGCGCAAAAUGGUUUCAAGGUUGCAAGUCCGUAUGAAGAUGGAGAAAAACCAAACAAGUCUGGUGAAGAACAAAUGGAAUUUAUUAAAUAUCUGCAUUCACAAACACAUCCGUUCAUGUAUAUUCGACAUCAAUAUUUCAUUGAUUUUGAAAACUUUGGCGAGAAACAGCCAAUUUACAUCAACAUGAUUCGUGAUCCAAUUGCCAGAUUUGAAUCAUUUUAUUAUUUCUCACGAUUCGGCAAUCAACGUGGUGGGGGUGGUGCUAAACUUGGUGAUCAAAAAACUCAAGAGACAAUUGACGAAUGUGUACAAAAGAGACGACAAGAAUGCACAAAGCCGUAUUGGCAAGUUGUACCUUAUUUCUGUGGACAGGAACCAGGAUGCAUGAGUAGAUCGCGCUGGGCACUGGAUAGAGCCAAAGAAAAUAUUAAAAAUCAUUACGUAUUUGUUGGGACCUUAGAGGAUCUUGAUGACAGCUUAAAAAUACUUGAACAUCUCAUUCCACGGUAUUUUAAAAAUGCUGCUCAGUCUAUGAAAAGUCAGAAGACUAUGAAAGUCAGGAAUGAAACAUAUACAAGAAAUAAGAGAGAGACUUCUGAGGCAGCGAAAAUUUUUCUCAGGACUGAAACAUGCCUAAGUCUUGAAUACGAACUUUAUGAUUUUGUCCGGGAAAGAUUGUAUCAAUUUAAAGAUAUGUUAUUAGACUAAAUUAUGGCAGAUUUUCUAUCUAGUAAAUGCGCUGUUUCGGCUUCAAUAACUUUACCUAUGCAAAGCGUUACAAAAUAAAUUCAAAACUAGAAAAU